AUCAACACCAACAUGAAUAUGAAACCUGCCAGCGAAGAAUACUACAACCUGGGCUCCUUUGGCCACCCCAUCUCCACCACCAGUGCCGACACGCAGACGUGGUUCAACCGCGGUCUGGUCUGGGUGUAUUCCUUCAACCAUGUUGAAGGCGCCUAUUGCUUCGAGCAGGCCAUCCUGCAUGACCCUGCAUGUGCCAUGGCAUACUGGGGCCUUGCCUAUGCCGUGGGUCCGAAUUAUAAUAAACCGUGGGAGGUUUUCGACCAGGCAGACCUGCACACCUGCAUGCAGCGAGGCCAUGACGCCACACAACAUGCAAAGCAACACGCAGGCAAUGCGAGCCCCCUCGAGCAGGCUCUCAUCGAAGCCAUCCAGUUCCGGUUUCUCACUAACCAGCCGGGGACGGAUUACGCGGCUCUGAAUAGGGGAUAUGCAGAUGCGAUGAAGCGCGUGUACGAUGAAUUCGGGCAGGAUCUCGAUGUCGCUGUCCUCUAUGCAGAUGCCCUCAUGAACAUGGCCCCCUGGGCGCUGUGGGAUCUGUUCACCGAGAAACCAGCCCCCGAUGCGCCCACGAUGGAGGUGCAAGCGGUGCUGGAACGAGCGUUGGCACAGGAGGACGACGGUGCCAGUCGCCAUCCGGGCUUGCUGCAUUUGUACAUCCACUUUAUCGAAAUGUCUCCCACCCCGGAGCUGGGCGUCGUGCCGGCAGACCAUCUGCGCGAUCUCGUCCCAGACGCCGGCCACAUCCACCACAUGCCUACCCACUUGGACAUUCUGAUCGGCGACUGGCGGCGCUCGAUUGCGUCGAACUACAAGUCGACCAUCGCAGACGAUAAGUACUUUCGCAAGGCAGGCGCCCAGAACUUCUACACCUUCUACCGCCUGCAUGACUACCACUCGCUCAUCUACGCGGCCAUGUUUGCCGGUCAAUCCAGGACGGCCCUCGACGCGGUGACCCGCAUGGAGGCAACCGUCCCAGAGGAGGUGCUCCGCAUCCAAUCGCCCCCGAUGGCCGACUGGCUCGAGCAAUUCAUGUCGAUCCGGCUGCAUGUCAUGGUGCGGUUUGGCCAGUGGGAGGAGCUCAAGCGUAAGCCUCUCCCUACCGACCAGGCCUUGUAUGCCGGCACCACCGCCACCACCCACUACGCACGGGGGAUCGCCUUUGCAACGACCGGCGAUCUCGUCUCUGCUGGUCAAGAACAAGCACUCUUCCACGAAGCCUGGGCUCGUGUCCCCGAGACUCGCCGCGCCUACAACGGCAAACUCGUCGAGGUGCUGCAGGUGGCGGCCGCCAUGCUCGAGGGCGAGCUCGAAUACCGCCGCGCAAACUACGAUGCCGCCUUUGCUGCGCUUCGUCGCGCCAUCGAUCUCGAAGACAAGCUACCAUAUAGCGAGCCGUGGUCGUGGAUGCAGCCCGUCCGACACGCAUAUGCCGCCCUCAUGAUGGAACAGGGCCAUCUGGAAGAAGCGGCCAAGACUUACCGCGCUGAUCUCGGCCUAGAUCAUUCGCUCAUCCGCCCGCGUCGCCACCCGAAUAAUGUAUGGUCGCUGCAGGGAUACCAUGAGUGCUUGCUUCGCUUGGGGAAGGUUGAUGAGGCGGCUAUGAUUGAGCAGUCGGUGAAGUUGGCGUUGGCCGUGGCGGAUGUUCCUAUCAAGGCGUCGUGCUUUUGCCGGUUGGAUACUUCGCAGGCGCCGCGGGUUCUUACUCGGGAGAAUGAGAAAUGCUGCUGAAGCUCUGUAUAUGAUCUGUUGAUAGUAAUCUCAACCCUUCUGAUUUGGAUAAAAUCAAGUAAAUUCUAUAAUAUUCACGGAGAUGCGAGCAGCAUAUAUAUCGAACAGAAAAUUGGACAUGAAAUCAAAGGCCGAAAAAGCUAAACCAAUGGGGAAUGACCUUAUCUUGGCA